AUGAGCCUCAAUCCUGAUCCCUCUCCAUAUCCGCCAUUUCUCAUUGCGCAGAAGGAGAACAAGAAGAAGAAUUCUAACCGCCACCCUGGCUUUGAAUUUGAUCCUGCUCCAGAUUCAAAUCCACCUCCAUACUCGGAUCCAAAUAGCCGAGGGCCGAUUUGUUGGAGUACGGCUGACGGUCCUAAUCGGGUCGGUCCGGGAUGGACUGCUCCCAAUAUAUAUGAGGCACGGGAGAGUGGCAAAGUCCAUGACACGACCAAGCCUCCACCAGGUCUGUGCCUUAACUGCAGUAAGCGCAACUUGCCGAAUGUAGAGUGCAUGCAUUGGCGCAAAGACUGCCCUCACAGAGUCAGUUCGGGAAGUACUCGGAGACAGAAAACCUAUAACUUAAGUAAGUACUCUCUCUGGUAGAUAAUUGCUUCGUUCUCGCUCGGAUCGAAAAAGAGUUCAGCUACUUCAGGCGUGUCAUAUUAUCAUAAAGUCACGUAUACAUAGUCGUUACCCCUCCUGUCUACUGGUACGUAAGACAAUCGUUCUCACUUGUCCGCAGACGCGCAAAUUUUGAGAGAGCCUCCAGCAGCCUUCAGGCCUCAGCGGCUAGAACAACCUGUCUAGAUUUCUAUUGUUUUCAUCUGAAGGAGUUUUAUUUUUGUGAAGGAAGUCACUAGUUGUUCAAAUAUUUAUAGAGGCAACGUUGGUUCGUUUUCAGAUGUUAAAUACAACAUCGAUCGCUCAACAUCAGUGAAAAAUUUCCAUUCUAGUUUGUUGAAAAUCCUCUGCUACUACUAGAGGGGUCUCAUUCUCCAUGGUUCUACAAUGAAAGUCCUCUCUUAGACCUUCCUUUUCCAUUCUAGUUUGUUGAAAAUCCUCUGCUACUACUAGAGGGGUCUCAUUCUCCAUGGUUCUACGGUGAAAGUCCUCUCUUAGAUCUUCCUAACCACUGAUUGGUGUGCGUGCUCUCUUGUUCCGUAUUAAGUUGAGGAAGAGAGACGGCAUCCACCUUGUUUGUGAGCACUAGGACUGCACAUUCUCG